AUGAUAACAAGUACUUGGUGUUUCAAAUACACAUGCAUCAUUUGUUCUCACUGGUUAGGUGCUGCUCAGCAGGAGUCUGCAAUUGCAUUAAAAAACCUAAUUGAUUGCACCAACAAACAUGUGAGGGCAUUACAAGCAUUAGGACGUCCUACUAAGUAUUGGGAUGACAUACUCGUUCAUCUGGUAUCUACAAAGCUGUCACCUGAGAUGAGGAAGACUUGGGAAAUUGAGUCGACCAGCUAUGUUAACUUUCCCCCAUGGCACAAUUUGGGUGAAUUCAUAGAGAAUCGAGUUCAUGCUCUUGAGAUCAUGCAGUUUAGGCAUUGUCCUAGUAAGCCAAAGACAACAACAAAAACCGUUUCACAGGCUACUAUGGUAAGACAACAGGACAGUAAGAAAGUCACAUUCACUGUCAUCAGUACUUCUGUCUACGGCGUUGGUACGUGUACAUGGACCUAA